UCUCUCCCUCUCUCUCUCUCUCUCUCUCCUCCUGUCUCUCUCUAUUCUCUAUAUAUAAAGCUUCUCCCCUCCCAAUGUUUCCCCCACACCAACAACAAAUUUCCACGUUUCUAUCUCUCCGUUCUCUUCCUUACAGCAGAAUCAAUCAAGAUUCAAGAACGAUCAACAAUGGCGGGGAUAGCUAGGGCUUUCGAAUUCGAGGACUUGUUGCCGGUGAUGGCGGAGAAAGUGGGCGGCGAAGGGCUGAUAAACGAGCUCUGCAACGGAUUCGAGCUUCUGAUGGACAAGGAAAAGGGGCUGAUCACGCUCGACAGCUUGCGGCGAAACUCGGCGGUUCUCGGCCUCCAGGACCUGAGAGAAGACGAGCUCGAGAGCAUGGUUAAGGAGGGCGAUUUGGACGGCGACGGAGCGCUGAACCAGAUGGAGUUCUGCGUCUUGAUGUUCAGAUUGAGCCCUGACCUCAUGGACGAGUCCUGGUUUUGGCUUCAACACGCUCUGCAACAAGAGAUCGCCACCAGUUCUUGAUCGAUUCGUACGUUGUUGUGGAAAUUGCACUACGACAACGUUAAUAACGACGUCGUUUUGAAUUUGUAUUUUACAUCUUUUUUUUUUGGGAUUGCGUCAUUG